CUUUAUGGGCUUUACCUGUCUGGCAUUUUCUGCUUUUCUAUUUGUAUCCUUUCUCUCUCUCUCCCUCUCUCAAACAAACAUUCUUGUUUCUUGAUCUCAUUGAUCAGCUCUUUUAUUAAGCUAAACCCUAGAGGAGUAAUCUGUAAUCAGGACUAAACUAUAUACAUAUUAGCACAGAUACGAUCUCGUACCCACAAUUCCAGGGUUGCUCCAUGGGUUGCUCUUCGUCAGUUCCAGAUAAAAAUACUGGGCGAGGUGUUGGAAUUAAUCCUGAGAACGGAGGCGUGAAUGACCCGAAAAACCUUCGCGUUAAGUUGGUGCUGUUAGGUGAUUCUGGCGUCGGUAAAAGUUGCAUCGUCCUUCGAUUUGUUCGUGGUCAAUUUGAUCCAACAUCCAAGGUUACUGUGGGAGCAUCUUUCUUGUCUCAGACAAUAGCCUUGCAGGAUUCUACUACAGUGAAAUUUGAAAUAUGGGACACUGCUGGACAAGAAAGGUAUGCAGCUCUUGCACCAUUAUAUUAUCGAGGUGCUGCUGUUGCAGUUGUUGUGUAUGAUAUAACCAGUCCUGAAUCAUUCUCUAAAGCGCAAUACUGGGUCAAGGAAUUACAAAAGCAUGGGAGUCCUGAUAUAGUCAUGGCUUUGGUUGGUAACAAAGCUGAUCUCCAAGAGAAACGAGAAGUACCAGUUCAAGAUGGAAUUGACUAUGCUGAAAGGAAUGGCAUGUUCUUUAUUGAGACUUCUGCAAAGACGGCAGACAACAUAAACCAGCUGUUUGAGGAAAUUGCCAAGAGACUUCCACGACCAUCCCCUUCCUGACUCAUCAAACGGUGGAUCGGCUUAUUUACUGCAGGUGGCUCGAUCUGCCUGCAUUUAAAUGUAUAUUCUAAUCGUUCCAUUUCCAUUAUGUAAUUGGUCCUGGCAAGGAAUCCAGUCAGCUUCACACAUGUUUCACAAGCAUUAUCUUGUAAGCAAUCAUCUUAUAGUGGCACAUCUAAAUUUGUUGCUUUCCAACUUCGCCCUAAAUGUCGUCCAUCUUUACUCCUAACGUUGAAAAGAUCGACUUUUUAUUUAUGUUAAACAGGGGCCAACUUGGCUUGAUUGAUCCUUU